UGGCUCCUCGGUGUGUUCCGGUGGAAGGCGGAAGACUGAAGACUGCGCAUCAACAUCAACACAGCGAGCCGGAGACGGUACCGAGCUACAGCCGCUAGACAGCCACCUGUACCGGGUUUAACGGCAGCAGGAAUUAAAGAUAACAGAGGAAACAUUUCGACUGACGACGUCCUACUUUAUGGAGCUACAACAGGACGACUUGAACUGAGACAGCUUUAACACUCGUCUAGACUCAUCGCUCCCCGACCCUCAGGAUGGCGAGCAGGAGGAAAUCCACCAUCCCUUGCAUGGUCCCUCCUCGGGAAGCCACCGUGGACUCGGACCAGGAGAUGGAGGACAUCACAGAUCCGGCUGAGCCGGAGGACAGUAACGGCGUGGCGGCCGUCUCCUCAGAGUUUCAGGGUCUGUCGGAGGAGCAGGGCGAGGACGUCGGACCCGUGUCGGACCACUACCUGGACCUGAACACGGCCGAGGGAGGAUACGAGUGCAAAUACUGCAGCUUCCAGACGUCGGAGCUCAACCUGUUCACCAUGCACGUGGACACGGAGCAUCCCGACAUCGUCAUCAACACCUCAUACGUCUGCAUGGAGUGUGACUACCACACCAAGAGUUAUGACACCCUGCUGGCCCACAACGCUCGCCUCCACCCGGGCGAGGACAACUUCACGCGGACGAUGGUGAAGCGAAACAACGAGACCGUCUUCCAGCAGACGGUCAACGACCUCACCUUCGACGGCAGCUUCGUCAAAGUGGAGGACGACGAGGGGGAAGAGACGUCCCGCAAAAGCAUCGCCCUCAGCAAGACGCCCAUCAUGAGGAUCAAGAGCAGACCGGAACCCAAGAAGUUCGCCGCCUUGCACAAGAUGUCCGUCGACGACGUCAUCAAAGUGGAAAGCGACGAUGAGGACUACGAGAACAAGGAGCCGCCCACGCUGUCGCCCGCUCCGAUGACCCCCGCCGCCCCUCGCCUCAUCCCCGUCUCCACGGCGAUGCAGGUCCACGCCAUCCCGCAGAGCAUCAUGGUCAACAGCUCCAACGUGCUUCAGUUUAAAGGGGGCUCGGGCAGCGGCGCCGUGCUGCCUCCCGGGACGCUGGCUCAGGUUCUGUCGGCCCUGCAGAACCAGCAGAACUGCAAUCAGACGCAGACUCAGCUCCUCAUCCCCAUCAGCAGCAUCCCCACCUACAACACGGCCAUGGACAACAACGUCCUGCUGGUCAGCGCCUACAACAGGUUUCCGUACCCGUCGGUGUCGGAGAUCAUGGGUUUGUCUUCGCAGACCAAGUUCAGCGAGGAGCAGAUCAAGGUCUGGUUUUCUGCUCAGAGGCUGAAACACGGAGUCAGCUGGACGCCGGAGGAGGUGGAGGAGGCGAGGAGGAAGAAGUUUAACGGCACGGUGCAGACCGUCUCUCAGACCAUCACCGUCAUCCCUGCCAACAUCGCCGCCGCCACCAACGGCCUGCAGUCCAUCUUCCAGACCUGCCAGAUCGUCGGCCAGCCGGGCCUCGUCCUCACGCAGGUGACCGGUAGCGGGGGCACCGUGCCGGUAUCCUCUCCCAUCACCCUGACGGUCGCUGGUCUCCCCGGAAACCAGCCCAAAGCCGCCGAACCUUCGACGUCGGAAUCAAAGACCGAGAUGUCGGCCAGCGCGGCGCUCAGCUUUGACGGGGGGGCGACCAAACCGAAGAAGUCCAAGGAGCAGCUGGCGGAGCUGAAGGCGAGCUACGGCAGGAGGCAGUUCGCCACAGAGGCGGAGAUAUCACGACUCAUGCAGGUCACCAAACUCUCCAAACGGGCGAUAAAGAAAUGGUUCAGUGACACGCGCUACAACCAGAGGAACUCUAAGGAUCACCACGGCGUCUUGCUGAGCGAAACCCCGCCCACCAAAGCGCCAGGAGGAGGCCGGGGAGGAAGGAGCAGCAGCAGCGGCAGCCUUAACGACAGCCACAACAGCGACAACACAACCACCAUCGUCAUCGACUCCAGCGACGACGCCAGCGAAUGCUCCCCGAUUUCUGCCAACGCCCCGUCAGGUCCCACCAGAGACCCGCGGGUCAAAUUCCGCCACGCCUUCCCCGACUUCACGCCACAGAAGUUCAAGGAAAAGACUCCGGAGCAGCUGCUCAUCCUGGAGGCCAGCUUCCAGAAAUUGGACACGCCCUCCGACGAGGAGCUGAGCCGGCUGCGCACGGUGACGAAGCUGACGCGGCGGGAGGUGGACGCCUGGUUCACCGAGAGGCGGAAAAUGCCUUCAAAGGACGAAGACGACGACGACGAUGACGACGAGGGGGACGACGAGAAGGUGAAAUCCUCCGUGGCUUCGUCCUCGUCGAGGAAGACGAUGAAGAAGACGCCGGAGCAGCUCCACAUCCUGAAGAAGGCCUUCGUCCGCACGCAGUGGCCGACGUCCGAGGAGUACGACGAGAUGGCGGAGGAGAGCGGUCUGCCGAGGACGUACAUCGUCAACUGGUUCGGAGACACGCGCUACGCCUGCAAGAACAGCAACCUCAAGUGGUACUACCUCUACCAGAGUGGGAAGGUGGACGAGGCGCUGAACGGUGGAGCCAAGAUCCAGAAGAAGUCCAGGAAGCGUUUCCGUGGUUGGUCCAGGAGGACACGCCGGCCGUAUCCCUGCAAACGCUCCCCACAGGGGGGCGCCACCGCCAUCAAGGUGAAGUCCGGUAAGUCGUUCCUGAGGGACUACUACCUCAAACACCGAGCCCUGAGUGAGAAGGACCUGGACGACCUGGUGACAAAGUCCAGCAUGAGCUACGAGCAGGUGAGGGACUGGUUCUCUGAGACCACCAGGAGGGUGGAGGAGGGCAAGGAGCCCUUCAGCGACGAGGAGGCUGCUGAGGGGGAGGAAGAGGACGAAGAGGAGGAGGAGGAGGAGGAGGAAGAAGAAGAGGAGGAGGAGGAGGAAGAUGCGGCGGCAGCAGUAGCAGAGCAUGCAGACAGCGAAGGGGAGAUGGAGGUGAAAGAACAAGGAGAGGAGGCCACUGACGAAGACGAAAACGGCGACGACGACGACUGCAACGAGGAGGAAGAGGAGGAGGAGACCGAGGAGAAGGAGGAAGACGAAGAUGAGACGAUCCAGGAGGAAUCUGAAGGCGUCAGCCAAUCACCGCCUCAGGCAGAGGAGCAGACAUGAGCAGUCGGCAUCAACGUUGCUUCGCCCACUGUGGAGACGAUACGUGUCAGUGUUUCUCAGCUGGUGGGUCGGGACCUAAACAUGGCCGCAGGAAGCUCAGACAGGGUCACAGCUCAGACGGAUGAGGUGUUAACUAACUAAAACGACGGGUUUGUGCCUUGGAGAUGAACUUUGGGUCCUGAUGCAGCUGAGAAGCACUGAGAUGAUGGAGCUGACUUAAAGGACAAAGCGUCAGGAUGUAGUUUUUGCUUUUGUUUGAUGAACUGUGGGGACCAAUCAAACGUGCAGGACGACUCAAACGUCACCAUGAGAGUAAGUUCAAGCUCUGCUCCUGUACAAAUAACAAGGUUUUUAUUUUGGUGAGAAUGACGGGCCUUUUAUUUUGGCCUUUUUUCUUACAAUAAAAAAAUAAAUGUUUUUAAAGUAAGAGGUGAGACCUCGCAUGGUUUUCUCAUUAAUAAAAAAUAGAUUUUUUCAGAAUAAUGGACCAUUUUUUUUCAAGGGAAUGUCCUCGCCCCAAACAAUGAAAACAUUUUACUGUUCUGAAAGAAAAAAAGGUUUUUGAAACCGUGCUGUUUUUUUGUGACUAGACAAUUCAAAUUAGUGCCAUUCUGUUUAUAAGUCCUUGUUUUAAAUCAAAAGAAAUCAGUGCUGGAUUGAAUUCCACAUCUGCGUAUUUUGUAUUUUUUAGUCUGAAUGACAUAUAAAUAUAAUGGGGACUGAAUCCAUUAUACUAUUAUUAUUAUGCUAUUAUGAGUUCUUUUGAAUAUGGUGGUAAUUUCCAUGUCAGCAGGUCUUUUGGGUCCAUUCAGUUUCAAUGACGUCAAUCCAGUUUGUGAAUUUACCUCCAAACUUACAAAUCACUGAAGGAUGGAAGUACAAAAAAAAACUCCUUAAAAAGGGAAAAUCCACCUUAAAACACCUCAUUAAAAUAUCUAAUCUGAUUUAUUAUACUUUACAUAGUGAAUUUUAGUUAAUCAACAACGCAGCUAUAAAAUUAGUGUCAUUAACUUAAGAGUUCUUAACAUAAAUAUACAAAAAAAUGCAGAAAGCUUCAACUAAAUAUUUUAUUUAUGAGUCUCAAAAAUUCCAAAAAUGUUAUAUUGGCUGAUAUAAACAAACAAUUCCUCAAAUUUGGUUAUUGAAGGAACUGUGAUCAAACUAUGUAGUGAGCAGGACGUUUUACAGUAUAGAAAUAAACUCGUUAGCGCUCUCUGGUGGACAAACUUAAAACACACAUAUCUGAACAUUAUAAUCUUCAUGAAGCUGAAUUAUUUAUCAAACACAAAUAAAACCGUUCUCAUGUUUCAGCUUCUUUUAAAUGUGAAGAUUUGCUGCUUUUCUCUGUUUUUUUAUAUCACAGUAAAUUAAAUAUCCUUGUAUUUUUGACUGUUUAUCUAAAGAUGUCACCUCAGGCUCCUGGGAAUUAUUAUGGCUAUUUUUCACUUUAUAGAGGCAGAUUUAUCAAUAUUUUUAAUAGUAUUUAAUAUCUUUUUUUUGUCCGACCAACAUUGUAAAAACCCCCAAAUAUUCCGUUUAUAAUUAUAUAAUUAAAGGAAACUAGGAAGAGUAGGCUAUGGGAAGUUAUGAUGGCUAAUCAUCACUAUUUUGUGACAUUUAAUGGACUAAAUAAUCAAUCAAGGAAAUAAUAAUUAAUCAAGGAAAUAAGGGGCAGAUUAAUCAAUAUUUUAAAUAGUAUUUAAUGUUUUGUUUUAUCUGACAACAGUGUAAAACCCCCAAAAUAUUCCAUUUAUAAUGAUAUAAAAUAAAGAAAACUGGGAACCUUAGGCUCUGGGAAGUUAUGACUUAAUGGACUAAGUAAUUAAUCAAGGAAAUAAGGGGCAGAUCAAUCAAUAUUUUAAAUAGUAUUUAAUGUCUUGUUUUGUCCGACCAACAGUCUAAAAACACAAAAAGUUUACAAUGAUAUAAAACAAAGAAAAGCAGGAACCGGAGAAGGCAUCGGCUUUAGCUGGGUGUACCUAAUAAACUGGACACCGAGUGUCGUCUUUAACAUAUAAACACCCGUAGAGUUGAUGAACUUAUGGAUGCAGGUGGUUGUGUCGUCUUUCUGCAGCCGCCAGUUCAACAAUCCCGCAGAGAGAAAUCAAUUAUGAAUAUUUGUCUUAUGAUGGCGACGUCCAGAUGUUUGUUGAUCUGGUUCAACACGACUUGUUUACUGAUAAAACAGAAAGCAAACAGACAAAUAUCGGACUCAAACUGUUUAAAAAAAAAAAUUAAAAACAGUAAGAACUGACCUUGUUUGCAAGUGCAAGGGUCUUCAGAUGCAUUCUGGGAAAUGUAGGAAUCUGGUGUAAAUAGAUCAGGCAGUUAGAUAGAGAAAUGGUUAAUAACUAAAACAUAAACAAUGUGUUUUCAAGGUGGAUUUUUCCUUUGAGCUCUACAUUUAAAAAAGAAACAGACUGAACUUCAGUCACUUUUCAGUCAUUUAAGGUUUCAACGUUCCCAACUCAUUUCUUACUUGGGUCUUUUUUUAAACAAGCAGAUUUAUUGAUGGACUUGAAAGGGAGAUGAACCCAAAUACUGUUUUGUGCCCUCGUCCAAAAAAGAAAAUAGAAAGCAUGUGUGCUCUACUUCAGGAAACAGGCAACUUUACCUCAGUCAGUUAAGCUACAAACUCGGUAAGAUUGUGACAUUUAACACUUUUACGACAGUUUCUAGAGAAUUCAAUACUGUAUGCAUGAAAAUAUGAGUACACAAUAAUAAUUAUGUCUUUCAGAUGGCGUUUCUUUUUUUUGUCGUUGUCGUCGCCACCAAAGUUAAAAAAAAAAAAAAACACUUUAAAAAA